CUCGGCGCCUCGCUUCCCCCUCCGCGGGCCUCGGGCGCCCCGAGCCUGCCGACCGCCGACGAGCUGGAGGCGGCGGAAGCGGAGCGGGAGGAGCCGGCGGGGCGCAUGCUGGGCGGGGGUCCCCAGGGCGCCCCGGCCGGUGGCGGCGGGGGCCACCGCGCAGGCAGCUGGGAUUGCUUACCACCUGCAGCAUCUUCUCGGAAGAAGCGGCUGGCACGGAGGCCUGGCUACAUGAGAAGCACAGCUGGGCCCCGGAUCGGGUUCCUCUCCCCAGAAGUGGGCACUCCAUUCUGGGUCCAGGGAGGGGCGUGUGGUGAGGAGUUCCACCACUCUGAGUCCAGGACUGGACCAUGUGGACUUGACCCAGGAGGCCAGUGGCAAGUCUCCUCCGUUGGGAGUCCUGUUCCCAAGACAACAGCUGUGACAUCUGUGGACCGCCCAGGCCUGCCUCUGACCCCUGUGAGAGGAACCUCAGGGAUCUUUGGAAUUCAACUCCGAGCUGGCACCAAACUGCCCGACAGGCUACCCAGGUCUUGUGGUCCUAGGGACGCUGUGUGUCAGGGGGAGCUUCCACCCAUGGACAGUUCUGAGGCCCCGGGCCCUGGCUGGGAUGCAGCCUGUGGUGAAGGAGCAAGGGGCACCUGGACGAAAGGCUGUGUGGCCCCAAAGGAGGUGAGUAGCAACAGCUGCAGCCUCCGAAGUGGCCCGAAGAUUCCCUCAGCCCCUGCCGGCUCUCAGGAUGCCUUCACCUCUAGCUUUAGCUUCAUACGGCUCUCACUUGGUUCUGCCGGGGAACGUGGAGAAGCGGAAGGCUGCCCGCCAUCCAGAGAGGCCGAGGCCCUUCAUCAGAGGACUGAGGAGAUGGAACCCAAGGCUGCCAGCUUGGACAGGCCCCACGAACACCCUCGACUUCUCUCUCCCCCCUUCAAUCUCAAGGCUACUCAGGGCCUGGCAGACUCUCCCCAGGCUGCAGGGAGCAGCUCCGGGCUGGAGUGUGAGAUGGCAUCUUUGCCGGACACGGACACUGCCUCCUCCUACUCCCCGGAUUCCUCAUGGAUCGAGGGCAGCAGCUCGGCAGACGCUCACCGUUGGGAUGAGCUGCUCAGGAAAUGUGAGCCCGUGCUGCUGGACUGCCUGCUGAGUGACCGGAGGCAGCUGGAGGUAAAAUCCUUAAGAUUAAAGCUUCAGAAACUUCAAGAGAAAGCAGUUGAGGAUGAUGAUUAUGAUAAAGCUGAGAUGUUAAAACAAAGAUUAGAAGACCUGGAGCAAGAGAAAAGCAGCCUGCACUUUCAGCUUCCUUCAAGGCAGCCGGCCCUUAGCAGCCUUCUGGGCCACCUGGGAGCACAGGCCCAGGCUGCCUUGCGCCGGGCCACUCAACACGCUGGCAGUGACGAGCCCCAAACCUCACGCAGAAUGGAGCCGAACACGUUGGAACCCACUGCUCAGGACAACCUGCGUGUGUCCAUCACCAGAAGAGACUGGCUUCUGCAAGAAAAGCAGCAGUUGCAGAAAGAAGUUGAAGCCCUCCAAGCAAGGAUGUCUGUGCUGGAAGCAAAAGAUCACCAGCUCAGAAGGGAAAUAGAAGCUCAAGAGCAACUCCUUCCAUGGCAGGGCUGCGACCUGACUCCCCUGAUGGGCAGGCUGUCCCUGGGUGAGCUGCAGGAGGUCAGCAAGGCUGUGCAUGACACCCUGGUCUUAGCCAAUCAGAUUCCCCUCCGUGCAGAACCACCUGAAACCAUAAGGAGCCUCCAGGAAAGGAUAAAAUCCCUCAACUUGUCACUUAAAGAAAUCACGGCUAAGGUGGGUGUGAGUGAGAGACUCUGCAGCACUCUGAGGAAGAAAGUUAACGAUAUCGAAACCCAACUCCCAGCACUGCUUGAAGCCAAAAUGCUUGCAGCAUCAGGAAACCAUUUCUGUACAGCGAAGGAGCUCACAGAGGAGAUUAGAUCAUUAACUUCAGAGAGGGACGGGCUGGAGGGACUCCUCAGCAAGCUGUUGGUGCUGAGUUCCAGGAAUGUCAAAAAGUUGGGACGUGUUAAAGAAGAUUACAACAGCCUGAGAAGAGAACUGGAACACGGGGAAACUGCCUACAAAACAAGUGUGAAGGAGAAUACUGCGAAGUACAUGGAAGUGCUUGAAGAUAAACUGCUCAGCUGCAAGUGUCCACUGCUUGGGAAAGUGUGGGAAGCUGACUUGGAAGCUUGUCAGUUGCUUAUCCAGAGCCUGCAGCUCCAGGAGGCCAGGGGCAGCCUGUCUGCAGAAGAUGAGAGGCAGACAGAUGACUCAGGAGGAGCUGCCUGUACAAUCGUUCCUGCCGUCCCCCCCAGGGCCCACUCUGAAGAUGAGAGGAAGACCCCUUUGCAGGCAUUCGAAGAGUGGAAGGCUCACCUGACCCUGUCUCCUCACUGUGCUGGCAGUGAACAGAAAGAGGAAUCUUACAUCUUUUCUGCAGAACUUGGAGAAAAAUGUGAAGCCAUAGGCAAGAAGUUAUUGUACUUAGAAGAUCAACUUCACACAGCGAUUCAGAGUCAUGAUGAAGAGCUCAUUCAGUCUCUCAAGAGGGAGCUCCAGAUGGUGAAGGAAACUCUGCAGGCCAUGAUCCUGCAGCUCCAGCCAGCAAAGGAGGCGGGAGAAAGGGAGGCUGCAGCUUCCUGUGUGACAGCUGGUGUCCGGGAAGCACAGGCCUGAGGCAUGACAGGAUGGGGGAAGGCGGAAAGAGUGCUGCUCCCGCCUUCAUUAGGAUCCAUGGAUGUGAGACAAUUUUUGCCAUUUCCUGAAGUCAUGCUGUCAUUUUCAGAAGACAGCUGGCGCUUCGCUGAGGCUCCCGUGCUGUGCAGUACUGCUGUCCUCAGUCAAGGAGAUGCCCCGGCUUAAGCCAGCCGUUGGCCAGGGUCCAGGAAACAGAGCGAAGCACAGUGUUUGAAUUGGCUGGUUGUGUUCUCUACAGUUUUAUCUUGAGCAUUUUUGAAAAUAUACUAUACAUAUUUUAAUAAUAAGUAUUAGUUUGUUCCAGGAAUUCUUGGUUUCUUAAUGAUGGACCAAAUUCCUGAAUUAUUUAUAAUCAUAGCUAAAAAUUAUUAUGUACUAGUCAUAUGGCACUUGAAAUCCUUGAAUCCUUAGAUUAAUUCCAGUAAAGCAAAACUUGGGAAGAGUCAGAAUUGACCAUAUAGUCAAUAAGACCUCCCUACUUUGAUGUGUGUCAUUUUAAAAAGCCCCCCAGACACAAGACAUGUUAACAGUCACUGACCCAAGUGUUUUGUAUUACUCAGACAUCAUCAUGAAUAAUUCUGUGAGGUCAUGAUGUAUUUGAAAAUCCUGGAGGCUAAUAACUGCUCUGAGUGGGCCCCAAAUAAGGGUUCUCUGGUACCUCCCCUAGGCGCUGUGUUCAUUUCCUCGUUGAGAAGCCUGGCUAAGUUUAAGUACUAGGGCAGGUGAAUGAUGCUUUAACCACGUGCUGCAACUCACCUCUAGUCUAUGCUGGUGUCAGAGUCAGCCAGGAAGGCUGCUAAAGGCCAGGGGGCUUCCUCUGGCCACAAUGCCUUCUCAGGACAAACCCCCUCCUUGGCCACUGUGACCCUGGAAGACCCAGGACCAUUUAUCUCAAACCAUAAUUUAGGGCAGUUUUUGUCAGGGCAACAAAAAAAGAAAUUAGGGCUUGAAUUUAAAAGCAAUAAAACAACAACAAUAAAAGUUUAAGCCUUUAUGGAGACAGUGAAGACCAUGAGCCAAAGGGCAGAUUGAAAAUCAUGAGUUAGAGGCUGACUUCACUGUGACACAGUGUGAGAGAAUAAAUAAUAUAUUAUACUGCCCACUGUGCUGAGAUGCUGGCAUUCAAAUGGCUGCCCAUUUAUCUUUCAGCAGCCUGAGUGAGGGCAUGUUCUCAGUUUGGAACAGUCUCAGUUCCUUCCAACUUCCUAAAUUUCAAGAUCAAAAUGAUCCUUCCCCAAAUCAAAUUAAUAUUGGGAACUUGUCUUCCUCUGCAAUCAGGAUGGUUUCCCUAUCCCAGGAACAUGUAAGGGCUGUCGUGUAUGUGCUGGGACCAUCCUAAGACCUUUGUAAUCAUUAUCACCUUUAAUUCCCAUAUCAACCUUAUGAGGUAGGUGUUUGUAGAUGCCAAAACUGAGCCUUAGGAGACUAAUUAACUUCACCGAGGCACAGAGCUGGUAAGCAGUGGCAUGACAGUAGCACUUAGAGACAGGUAGAAUACUCUUAAAUGGUGCUCUUCCUAAAGUGCCUUUAAUGUCUUUUUGGGACUUUGAGUCUUGGAACUUAUUAGUUCACUUAAGAAUGCGUGGUAGCCUUGGGAGUCCUGCCUGAAGAGUCAGAGAAACUGAGCCUAGGGAACCUUGGCUUCCCUCUUCCCCAGGUGAGCCCCACAGUUCUUCGGCCAUCGAGUCUAGGCUCAGACAGGCUGAAGCACACCUGCCCACCCACCACCGUCCUCACCAACCAUUCAUUCCCAAUCCACCACAAAAGCCACGCGAGGGACAACCACUUACUGCCUCACACUGGGCACAUUUUCUUGAAAAUCCCCAUCCAGUUGGUGUUUUUCAGAAAGCAUUCGAGAAAGCAACCUUACACUCAUUGGUCAAUGCCUUUUUGUAUAAGUGAUUCAAUAGUUUAUUUUUAAUAUCCUCACCUUAUCUAAUCUUUGAAUUUUGUCAUAUAAUUUAUUGCUUCAUGAAGUUUACUUUUUGUUACAUGAAAUUAAAAC